CAAAGAUAAAGAGGACGAGUGAUGAUGAAAUACAAAGGAGGUGACGAAUUAGGUCAUCGGAACAGUUGUUUGUGAUAUCACCCGGCUAUCCUUAAAUGAGUACCUGAAAAAAAGACCAUUUUUGAUAUAUGUCACCCCCCAAAAAAAAAUUUUUUUUUUUUGCUCGUUUUCUAUCUCAAAGAUAAUAAAAAGGGUAAAUCGAUAUUCUAAUUUUUUUUUUUUUAUCUUCUUCUUUCCACUUGUAAAUAAGACGUAGAAUUAUCUACAUACACAUAAAUAAUAGAUUAAUAUAAAUAAUACAACACACACAAAUACACACACACACACACAACACACCAUAUAAUGACAGUCUGUACACCAAUUCAAGAUGGCAUGCCAUAUAUUCAGUGGAUUAAUACAUUGUUUGGCGAUUGCGUAUAUGGCAAACAAGACGCGAUAAGUUUAUUACUAGGCUAUUGCUCUAUAUUACUCUGGUUAAAUGCCCAAUUACCUCAACUAGUAGCAAAUUACAAAAGCGGAUCAGCAGAUGGCCUAAGUCUCAAUUUCCUAUCAAUUUGGUUAGCAGGGGAUAGCGCAAAUUUAAUAGGGUCUCUCUUAACUCAUCAAUUACCAUUCCAGCUAUAUCUGGGGGUUUAUUUUGUUUCAAUUGACAUUUGUCUAUUAUGUCAAUGGACAUAUUACAACAAAAUUAAGGCGAAACCAAUUCAUGAAGAAUAUCUUAUUAUACCCACCACUGAUACCUUUGAAGAAGAUUUGCAAAAGAAGCCUGCAAAUACAUUAUUCCAACACCCAGCCCAUACCCCAGUUGAUAUCAAUAGCCACGCUAUCCAAAGUGAAUUAACACCAUUCUCAUCCUCCGCCUCACCCUCCAAAUGGUAUACCCUAGACAACGAAAUCAUGGUCAGCGGGAAAAAGAAGCAGCAGCAGCAGCAGCAGCAACAGACUACCAAAUUUAUGGGAAUGUUACUUUUUACCUCCACUCUUUUCUUGACCUCCAACAAUCAAGGUCUUACAACAAUGUCUUCCGACGAUUCUUUCGAAUUAUCUCAAGAUAAUUUAGUUUGGAUUGGCAGAGUAUUUGCCUGGUCUUGUACCUGUCUUUACCUAAUGUCACGUAUCCCCCAGCUUUUAAAGAACCGCCGUCGUCAGUCAGUAGAAGGCCUGUCCGCUUCUUUAUUUGUAUUUGCUGUUGGUGGUAAUCUUACUUAUGCAAGCAGUAUAUUGUCUCACCCGGGGCAAACUGUCGAUUCCUUAUUAGAAGCUUUACCUUAUUUGAUUGGUAGUGCAGGUACCUUAAUGUUUGAUUUCUCCAUCUUUUGCCAGUUCUUAUUUUACAAGAAGACCGACAAAAAGCCCACUACCAAACAUAACACUGAACAAAUUGUUUAAACUGUAUAUAAAAAAUAAAUAUCCAUCUCUU